CGCCAGGGCGCGCUCCGGCGGCCGGCGGGGAUUUCCAGCGCGCGAGAGGAAGUGCCUGCGAGAGGGUGCGUGAGGGCGAGGGAGCGCGGCGCGGCGCGGCCGCCGCGUGCGCGAGCCGGGUUGCAGCCCAGCAGGGACUUUCCAGCCGGCGGCGGCGGCGGCGGCCGCCGGCCCUUCCCCGCCCCCCGACAUGGGGCUGCCCGGGGAGCAGGACGCUGCGGACCGCGGCGGAGGACGGGCUCGGCGCUGCUGAGCCGGCCGGGCGGCGCGGACGCGGGUGAGGGACUCCACUACAUUAUCUGAAGGAAGGAUAAAGUUGACUCUGCUUUGCUUCUUUCUUUAUUGAAGUCUCUUCCUGCCUGGUCAAGCUCAGAUAUAUCCUUUUGCAGCACACGACACACAGGAUGGAGCCCAGUAAGAAGCUGGAUGCAGCCAGUGCCCUGCCUGCCAACCCCCCGCUGAAGCUGCACCCCGAGCGCGGAGGCGGGCCGGCCGUGCUGGUCCCUGAGCAGGGCGGCUACAAGGAGCGCUUCGUGAAGGCCGUGGAGGACAAGUACAAGUGUGAGAAGUGCCGCCUGGUGCUCUGCAGCCCCAAGCAGACCGAGUGCGGGCACCGCUUCUGUGAGACCUGCAUGGGCGCCCUGCUCAGCUCCUCCAGCCCGAAAUGUACUGCUUGUCAAGAAGUCAUCAUCAAAGACAAGGUGUUUAAGGAUAAUUGCUGCAAGAGGGAGAUUCUGGCCCUUCAGAUAUUCUGUCGGAACGAGGGCCGGGGCUGUGCAGAGCAGUUGGCCCUGGGGCACCUGCUGGUUCAUCUGAAGAAUGACUGCCAGUUUGAGGAGCUCUCGUGUGUCCGUGCAGACUGCAAAGAGAAAGUCCUGAGGAAAGACCUGCGCGACCACGUGGAGAAGGCCUGUAAAUACCGCGAGGCCACGUGCAGUCACUGCAAGAGCCAGGUCCCGAUGAUCACGUUGCAGAAACAUGAAGACACGGAGUGUCCCUGCGUGGUGGUGUCCUGCCCACACAAGUGCAGCGUCCAGACCCUUCUGAGGAGCGAGUUGAGUGCACACUUGUCAGAGUGUGUCAAUGCCCCCAGCACCUGUAGUUUUAAGCGCUAUGGCUGCAUUUUUCAGGGGACAAACCAGCAGAUCAAGGCCCACGAGGCCAGCUCCGCAGUGCAGCAUGUCAACCUGCUGAAGGAGUGGAGCAACUCCCUGGAGAAGAAGGUUUCCUUGCUGCAGAACGAAAGUGUAGAAAAAAACAAGAGCAUACAGAGUUUGCACAACCAGAUAUGUAGCUUCGAAAUUGAAAUUGAGAGACAGAAGGAAAUGCUUCGAAAUAAUGAAUCCAAAAUACUGCAUUUACAGCGAGUCAUCGACAGCCAAGCAGAGAAACUGAAGGAGCUGGACAAGGAGAUCCGGCCCUUCCGGCAGAACUGGGAGGAGGCGGACAGCAUGAAGAGCAGCGUGGAGUCCCUCCAGAACCGGGUGACCGAGCUGGAGAGCGUGGACAAGAGCGCGGGGCAGGCAGCGCGCAACACAGGCCUGCUGGAGUCGCAGCUGAGCCGGCACGACCAGAUGCUGAGCGUGCACGACAUCCGCCUGGCCGACAUGGACCUGCGCUUCCAGGUCCUGGAGACCGCCAGCUACAACGGCGUGCUCAUCUGGAAGAUCCGCGACUACAAGCGGCGGAAGCAGGAGGCCGUGAUGGGCAAGACGCUGUCGCUGUACAGCCAGCCCUUCUACACGGGCUACUUCGGCUACAAGAUGUGCGCCAGGGUCUACCUGAACGGGGACGGCAUGGGCAAGGGCACGCACCUGUCGCUCUUCUUCGUCAUCAUGCGCGGGGAGUACGACGCGCUGCUGCCCUGGCCCUUCAAGCAGAAAGUGACGCUCAUGCUGAUGGACCAGGGGUCCUCACGGCGGCACCUGGGGGACGCGUUCAAGCCGGACCCCAACAGCAGCAGCUUCAAGAAGCCCACCGGGGAGAUGAACAUCGCCUCCGGGUGCCCCGUCUUCGUGGCCCAGACCGUGCUGGAGAACGGGACGUACAUCAAAGACGACACCAUUUUUAUCAAAGUCAUAGUGGAUACUUCGGACCUGCCGGACCCCUGACGCGUCCCUGGGGAGGCGGAUCGAGCAGAAGGCAACUCCUCCGGGGGGUUUGAACCGGCCGUCUCCGCCGAGGUCCUCGCGCUCCGAAAAGGACCUUGGGGGACGGAGGAAGCGGCAGAAGGCGGCCGCGGGCCGGCGGGAGGAGCCACGCGUGAGGACACACCCAACACGUUUUGUAAUAGACUAGCAACACUUCACUCUGGAGAAUUAUUUAUCCUUCGACGAGAUAAAUACUGCUGUCAGAGAAGGUUUUCAUUUUCAUUUUUAAAGAUCUAGUUAAUUAAGGUGGAAAACAUAUAUGCUAAAGAAAAGAACCAUGAAUUUUUUUUCUUCCUUAAACUUGAACACCAAAAAAAAAAGAACACACCACACACACACACACACACACACACACACACACACACCUGGGGAUAGCUGGACAUGUCAGCAUGUUAAGAAGAAUUUAUGAAAUAAUAAUGCAAUUCUGAUAUAUUCAUUCUAAAAUUCAAGAGUGCAAUCUUGUUUCAAAUAUAGUAUAUUGUCUAUUUUUAAGGCCUCAUCUGGUCUCUGUUUUAAUAAUUUGUUUGUCAGAAGACCCUGAAGUACACCUAGGUCUUUUUUGAAAGUCUCUAAAUUCAGAAUCAUUUUUUAAUUUAAAGUUCUAAGAUAAUUGUUACUGCAAACAUUUUAUUUUAAAACGUUGAUAGACUGAUAUUUCUUGGAAGAAAAUGUAAAAUAUCAAACACUGGUUAUCACUUGUGAUAGGAAAGAGAAUAUUCAAUCUGUUGUUAUUUCUCGUUAGAAAUGUAAACCUUCAAUAUCUGUCGUAGUUAAUGACACUACUUCAAAAUUACUAUGAAAGGAAAAUUGCUCAUGGAUGCUGUGCAUCAUUUUCAGAUUUAUAAUUGUUUUCACCCUAAAAUAGGGCAUUAGUUGAACUUUGGAGUUCUAAACAAAAUCCUGUAGGUUUUUAAAAUUCUGCCCCAUGUGUUCAGACACGUUCUCUCUUGCUGACAACACCGACUUCCGUGUCCAGUGUCGGGGGGUGGGCAGGCGACUUCGCGCUGACGGCGGCCACAGCAGAAAACGUGUUCCCCAUCCAGUCAUAACUGCUGCAUUCGCUCCGGCCUUUGCGUAGAGAUGGUGGCGUCCUGUACACGUGCCUUAGAUGUGACUUGCUGCUUCUCGACCCCAGCUCUGUGUUCCCCGUGAUUCCAGAAGGCGAUGGUUCAGCCAGACUCUCUCUUGACCACUAACUAGACCUUUGCCUGCUAGGGGGCCCUCCCACAGCCCCGUCCGCCGGGCCCCCAGGAGCCUCCGCCGCUUCGUCAUCCCAGAUUCCAAAUCUCUCGGGCCCACGGGCUCAGGCAGGGCCGGGCAGGAGCUGCGCCUCUGUGUCCCGGGCGCGGGCGCCCCCACGCCCGCCGCGGGGCCCUCUGAGCAUUCCAGAGACCGCCACCCCGGGCCGCGGAGCUGGGCCACAGGCAUCCCGGGGCCACCCUCUGGCAGGGAGGGCGGCCCCGGGGCCCGUCGUCUGGCCCGCGCCCGCCUGGGGCGCCUCUCACCCCGUUUCCUUUCUCUCAAUGGUCCAACUGUGAAGAGCGGGCCUGCCCUGCGCCCCUGCUAUGCACCCCGCUCCAUGGGUGCUCUUAUACUGAUGGGUGCUACACGUGACGGGUGCUUCUUAGGCGAAACCAACGUGUGUGAGCCGCGCAUCUGUGCCCGCGUCCAAAAGACGCGCCCACGGCGGGCCAGCCGGGCCGCGCGCCCCAGACUGCCUGCCACGGGCUGCCGGCGGCCGCGGGGGCGGCCAGGGGUGCCCGGCGGCCCCGCGUCUCUGGUGCUGCCGACCGCCCUGGGUGUGCCUUCGCCCCAGUGCCUGCUGGAAGCACCUCCUCUCCACCGCCUCCCCGGGCUUCCAUAAGUGACCUCAUGGGUUCCCAGCACCCGCCCGCACACCCGCCGGCAGUUACCACUCCGUCGUCUUCAUCUCCGUGUCUUUCCCUCCGCGCUCCCCCCACCCCCGCAGUUGCUUUGAGGGCGGAUCGGCGUCCUCGGUCCCGCCCCCGGGUCCUCACGGAGGAGGGGCUCCUGCAGUUGCUGCGGGACCACCGCUCCCUCGAAGGUGCCUGGACUCCCGGGGGAGGGGGGCCGCCCGGAGGCCCCCACCUGGCCUCCAGAGGGUGUUCCCGGGAGGCCAGAGGUGACCGAUGGGGACCGCCUGCCACUUCCUCCUGCUCCACUAGAAGGACGGACAAUACUGACAUAAGCAGCAUCUCGGUCUGUUAUAAAACAGUUCUUUCCCCGCCCUGGGUGGGGAGCCUGUUGGCAGCACCCCAGAAGCAUCUGGCCGGGGAUGGGGUGGCGCUUUCCAGGAGCUCCUUCUAGUGGGAGAUGCCCCUCACCCCCACCCCGGGAGCCGUGGGACCCGGCUCACUGUGCCCGGGGCGGACACUGGGACGUGGUGGGAGCUUCAGGCCGUGGUGACAGUCAGCGGGAACCCGCGGCCACGCUGGGGGCAGCCCUCUCACGCUCCAUCUGAUGUUGGGCGCCCUCCGGCCCCCCACCCCCACCGGGCCCUGGUGACGAGGGAUGGGUGUGGGACGCGGCACGCGGGUGCAUUUUUCACAUUAACUCAGUGACAAGUUCCCCACGGAACAAGCCGUUCCAGUGCUGUAGAGGAACCGUGGUGAGUCCCACGCAGGGUCACCCCGCCUGCGUCCCGGCCCCGUUGCCUGGCGUGGAAGCGGAGACCCGCCUGGGCCUCUGUCACAGGUUUUGUCGGCCAGGUGUAUCAGUGGCACGGAGACAGCAGGGACUCCUGUGAAUUGUUCAAAGGCCCGUCCCACGGGAGGGCAGCACGGUCACUGCAGGUGGACGAGGAGGGCCGCCGUCCACCCACCAGCCCCGGAGCCCCGCCACCAGCUGAGCAGGCAGCUCCUGGCCGGGCAGCCCCCCUUGCCCUCCAGUCGCCGCCCCCAUCCUGGAGGUGGGCUCCACCAGGCCCUCAGGUGGCGGCAGGGGGCCCACGUGGCCACCCUGGCUAGGAAGAGGCAGCCGGUCUCCGGACAGCUCGUCUCCCACAGGGUCCCCAGCCGCCUGGGGGCCCGUGUCCCCGUCCACCCCCCGGCACUCGGUGUCGAGGGGACAGUCUCCCGUGCCAGGCCUGGCAUCCAGCCUGCAGCCCGUGGGCAGCUGGCUGAACCCUUAAACACAGCAGGCGCAGGCCCCCGAGUGUGCCCCAGGGGCACACACCUCCAGCCACCCAGGCCCGCUGCACCUCCCCGCCCGCGCUCGGAGGGGCGACCGUCACCCCGAGCUGGGCGCAGACCGCUCCAGUCCCAGUGUCUCCGCCCGUCCUCGAGGCGCGGGCUGGGGACCAGGAGCCUCGUGGGGCUCAGCCACACCUCCGCCCUCCGAAACCCACCCCUCUGCUGGUGCUGACCACCAGGGCUGGAAAGGGCUCGGGCAGAGCUGGAAACCCCGCUUGGUAACUUCUAGUCCAGACCGUCAGUGACCGGGCCGCUGAGAAGGGCUGGGGGAAUCCAGGCGCUCCUUUGCUCCGUGACCUGAUGUUGGGUGGGGGGGUGUCCGUCACCGUCUGCUGCUCAGCCCAAGACCAUGGUUCUGCCUUCUGUUCGCAAAUCUCGAUAGCUCUGUUUCUUCCAAAGUAGAUCAUGUCCCCGCCCGAGGGUCCAGGUCGGACGGGGUUGGCUCGGGGCUGCAGCCAGGGCAGCUGGCCGGGCCAUCUCUGCUGGUGGUCGGGCAGCGCUGGUUGCCCCCGGGGAGCUGGGGCGGCGGGGGUGGAGGUGUUUUCUGCUGGCCUCGAAGAGCCGGGGCGCGGGGGGUCAGCCCCAUCAGCAGAGGCCCGAGCGAGUGGCCCGAAGCAGGGCUCGCAUUUCAUUUCUGCUGCUGCUGCUGUGUCUAGUCUGUCUGUGAACUCGCAGCUAAAGAGGUGGAGUCCAGGAUGGCUGCACCACUCCUGCAGUUAGUGGUGAUCCGAUCCCAACCAGUCCCCUUAGACCAGUAAGAUAACUUCCACAGCAAACUCAACGACUUAAUUGGUAAACACAAAAAGCUGGCAUUAUUUUCCAGGAUUUCUAUGAGAAUUACCUGUAGAGUUAACAGAGUCUGUGGUCAAGAAAGUGUACAUCCACGCAGACACUUUUGAGAAUCGGUUCUUUCUCUGAUGGCACACCUCUGCGUUCAGUUCUCUUACCCAAAACAAAGACCAAAGAAGGCCAAUCUCUCGUGUGACUCUGUAUUUUUAAUCUGCCUGUUUUAAAAAAAUUAAAAAAAAAAAUUGCGUCUGUACAACCGCUCGCUGUGAGGACCCAUCUUGACAGUCCAAGUGAUUGUGACCAGUGAUCACGUCCCGUGUUCUUCUGCUCUUCUGAGAAAAAAAACACAAAAGGACCGUGUAAGUUAUUGCCCAGCAAUAAUCAUGUUGUUAACUGUGGGUCAACAACAUGUCUGACUUCCUGAUAGCAUUAUUAUGUUUGAUAUUUUUGUUUACUGUAUAUCGUGUGUGGUUUUAUUUGGUAUUUAUUUGUGUUUUGAGGUCUUGCAACGUUUUUGUGUUCCUGAUGCUAAUAACUGAAGUUUGUAAGAGUGUAGAAUGCCCAACUUUGAAAUGCUGAAACUGUCUCAUUAGAGGAAAAUAAACCUGACUGAGGAGU